AUGCCUAAGAUCGUCGCAAUUGUCGGUGCAACUGGUACCCAGGGUGGUGCAGUGAUCUCUGCACUGGAGGGUAACCCUUCUUUCCAGAUUCGGGCGCUCACACGCAAUACCAACAGCGAAAAGGCCAAGGAUCUCGCUUCCAAAGGGAUUGAAGUGGUAGCUGCGGACCUGAAUGACGAAUCCAGCCUGGUAAAGGCCUUUGCCGAUGUCAGUAUCAUCUAUGCCGUUACCAAUUUCUUUGAGCCCUUCGCAACGGUCGGGCCUGAGGCAGCCAUGGAAAUCGAGUAUCAGCAAGGGGUCAACCUCGCCCAGGCUGCGUCUCAGACUCCGAGUCUGGAGCUAUACAUUUGGAGUACACUUCCCGACUCGCGCACACUCUCCAGCGGGGCGGUUGUGGUGCCCCAUUUUGCUGCCAAGGCUAGGGUGGAUGAGUUCAUCAAGCAGGACCAGGUUUUGUUAUCAAAGACGGUUUUCCUCUGGGUGACUUUCUAUACGUCCAACCUCUUCUAUCCUCCUUUCGCUCCCGUAUAUGCGAAUUCGAUCGGCAAAUUCGUCGCUUUUACUCCAGUGUCUGCACAGACGAGGAUUGCUUCCCUCGGUGCGAUGUCUAAUGUUGGUACUGCUGUUGCAGGGCUAGUCGAGAAUGAUGGGCAAACUUUAUGGACCAGCAAACUCGGCGCUUCAUCCAGUGGGGCCAAGUAUGUCAUCGUAACCACCACUUCUUAUACUGUCCAGGACUACUACUCCGCAUGGGCAAAAGCCAUUGGAAAGGGUGAGGAUCAGGUUAAGGUUCUGCCAAUCUCCUUUGCGGACUACGAAGCUCUCUUUGCGGAGUGGGGAACCGAGUUGGGCCUGAUGAUGAGAUUUUGGGAAGUCGCUGGGCCUGAGAAAAUCUGGGCCACUGUUGGCCAGACUGACACCCUCAUCGAUAGCCGGGAAUUGUUGGGGCCUUGCAAGACAUUGGUCGAGACGGAGGAAGCAUUUGCUCAAGUCUCGUGGGACAACAUAUAA